AUCGGAGGCAGAGAUACUCGAAGAGAUCCCUGAGGAGUUGGUCGUCGAAGAACCAGAGGAAUUUGAAUCCGCCGAACGUGUGAAACUAAAGACAGCUACUAUGAAACCAAUGGAAUGGGCUGACGUGUCCAGUGAAACGAUGGAGGCCCUUCCGGAAGAACCUGUAGAUCUAGACGAAGUACGCUCACAAGGGCCUGAACCUGAAGACGUUGCCCCCUUCUUCUUUGAGAAACCCAAAGCGAUGUCUGUAGAAGAAGGUCAGGAUGCUGAGUUUAUCUGUAAGAUCAUGGCUUCUCCAACACCAGAGAUCACAUGGACCCAGGGCAAUCGAGUUCUUAAAUCUGGCGGCCGCUUGAAAAUUACAACAGAAACAAGCGGACAGUUAUAUACUACUUGUCUUGUGAUUAAAAAGAUAGCACCAAAGGAUUCAGGAAACCUACUAUUGGUAGCAUCAAAUGAGUGCGGAGAGGCUAGAGCUAUGCUUUCUCUUGAGGUGGUAACGGUGCAGGAAGAAAAAGUGGACUUCAGGAAACAACUUAAGGCUGUAAAACAGGAAAAGACAAAACAGAUAGUCAAAGAGGAAAAAGAAAAAGAGGAAGUCAUAGAAGAAAAAGUAAUAGUAAAGCCAGACGAGAAGGCAGAGCCAGCCGCAUUUGUCAAAGUUCCGAAGAACUGCGAAGCCCCAGAAGGAGAGACCGCCCAGUUUGACUGUAAGAUUGUCGGUGAACCACGUCCUUCUCUAAAAUGGUUCAAAGACGACCAGGAUCUCCAAGGAGAACGUUACACUGUAGACUACAACUCGUCCGGGGUUUGUGUGUUUUCCAUCCAUGACACCGUCCCUACUGACCAAGGUUGGUACACUUGUACAGUCAGCAAUCCUCACGGCGAACAGUCUAUGCGUGCUAAAUUAACGCUUGACUUAAAACCCGAGGAGCCCAAGAUGAUCCAAGCAGACGGGUUCUUUUCUCCAGACGAAGAAAUUGAAGUUGUCGAAGAGAUUUCGGAGUCAGAGAUACUUGAGGAAAUACCUGAGGAGUUGGUUGUCGAAGAGCCUGAGGAAUUUGAAUCUUCCGAACGGGUGAAACUUAAGACAGCUUCUCUCAAACCCGCAGAAUGGGACGAUGUGUCCACUGAAGUUAUGGAGGCUCUUCCAGAGGAGCGGGUUGAUCUUGAAGACGUCCGCUCAGAAGGAGCUGAACCUGAAGACGUUGCUCCCUUCCUUAUCGAGAAGCCCAAAGCAAUGUCUGUAGAAGAAGGUCAGGAUGUAGAGUUUGUCUGUAAGGUCUUAGCAUCUCCUACUCCAAAGAUUACCUGGUACCAAGGCAACAGGGUUCUCAAAUCUGGUGGCCGACUUAAGAUUACCACAGAAACAAGCGGGCAGUUGUACACCACAUCGCUUAGUAUUAAGAAGGUGGCACCAAAAGAUUCAGGAAACUUGCUGCUUUCUGUGUCUAAUGAGUACGGAGAGGCCAGAGCUAUGAUGUCUCUUGAGUUUAUAACGGUGGAAAAGAAGGAAAAAGUAGACUUUAAGAAGAAGUUAAAAACAGUCAAGCAAGAAAAGGCAGAAAAGAAAGAACCAGUGAAAAAGACCGAGCCUGCUGCAUUCAUGAAGGUUCCAAAGAAUUGCAACACGGUCGAAGGAGAGACGGGCAUGUUUGACUGUAAGGUAGUCGGUGAACCGCGUCCUUCCUUAAAAUGGUUUAAAGACGACCAGGAGUUAGAAGGAGAACGGUACAUCGUGGACUACAACUCGUCUGGAGUCUGUGUGUUGUCUAUCCGUGACACCGUCCCAUCAGACUCAGGCUGGUACACAUGUACGGUCAGCAACCCUCAUGGUGAACAGUCCAUGCGUGCUAAACUUACCGUGGAACCAAUAAUUAAAGAACCUGAAAUUGAAGAACCAGCUGCUGAGCAUGAACUGAUAACUGUAACUGAACGCAGGGAAAUCACCUUUGCUACCUUAAUGCUGGAGUACAUCACUAUCCUCAGGAAAACGCGCAUCUUUGUCAGCAGAGUCUCCAGGCGGCUGGUAGUGUAUGUUGAGGAGUUAGAGCCAAGGGAAAAACAGCUGGAGGUUGAGCUAUCGUCAGACUUGGUACUUUCCAUCCUGAAAGAAUUCGAUAUUGAGUCUAUGCUCGCCUCGUUAAUCACGCAGGUAGUAGAACAAGUUCUGUUCAUUGACGGCGGUUUACCAGAAAUCACGAUUCUCCUCCAGCCGAUAGGAAACCAGACUGAGCUGCAGCUUCACUUUGAAGGCGAAAUGCGCGAAGAAUACAGAAUUCUUCAACAACCAAUACAACUGCAAAUCCAACUCCAGGCAGAGGAAGAAGUCAGGGAAGUUGUGGAAGAGCCACUGGAGGCCGCAGUACCCGAGGAAAUCCCAGAAGAGGUGGUGGAGGAAGAAGCAGAACCCAUCGAGGAACCGGAACUUGUUGAGCAAGAAUCAGUUCCAGUCGAGCCAACAGAGUUUGCUGACGUGACGAGUGAAGCUGUUGAGUCUCUACCGGAGGAACCGGUAGAUCUGGAAGAUGUGACGUCAGAAGGAGAGCCUGAACCUGAAGAAGUCGCCCCCUUCUUCUUUGAGAAACCCAAAGCAAUGUCUGUAGAAGAAGGACAGGAUGUUGAGUUUGUCUGUAAGGUCAUGGCUUCUCCCACACCACAGAUCACCUGGUACCAAGGAAACCGGGUUCUCAAAUCUGGUGGCCGCUUGAAGAUUACAACAGAAACAAGCGGGCAGUUGUAUACCACAUCUCUUACAAUAAAGAAGGUAGCGCCAAAGGAUUCAGGAAACCUCCUGGUAGUAAUAUCGAACGACCUCGGAGAGGCCAGAACCAUGAUUUCUCUUGAGCUUGUAACUGUGAAAAAGGAGGAAACCGUCGACUUCAGGAAACAACUAAAGACAGUAAAACAGGAAAAAGUAAAAGAGGCUGUCCAAGAGGAGAAAGUGGAAGCUAAACCGGAAGAGAAGCCAGAGCCUGCAGCAUUCGUCAAAGUUCCCAAGAACUGUGAGACCUUAGAAGGCGAAACCGCAAUGUUUGACUGCAAAGUACUCGGCGAGCCCCGUCCGUCCCUGAAGUGGUUUAAGGAUGAUCAGGAGUUAGAGGAAGAACGGUACAUCGUGGACUACAACUCGUCUGGAGUUUGUGAGUUCUCCAUCCGUGACACUGUCCCUACUGACGCAGGUUGGUACACUUGCACAGUUAGUAACCCCCAUGGGGGACAGUCCAUGCGCGCUAAACUCAUCCUCCAUCUAAAACCCGUGGAACCCGAAAUCGUCCAACCAGAGCUGUAUUAUUCCCCAGACGAAGACAUUGAACUUGUUGAAGCCAUUUCGGAGUCAGAGAUACUUGAAGAAGUACCGGAGGAAUUAAUCAUUGAAGAGCCAGAAGAGUAUGUUGGCGCAGAGCUCGUCAAAGAAAGGCGUGCUCUACUUGAACCAAUGAAAGAAACGGAAGUGCCCAGUGAAAUAAUGGAGUCUAUCCCUAAGGAACCUGUAGAUCUUGAAGAAGUUACCUCAGAAGGAGAGCCUGAACCUGAAGACGUCGCUCCUUUCUUUAUCGAGAAGCCUAAAGCGAUGUCCGUAGAAGAAGGUCAGGAUGUACAAUUUGUCUGUAAGGUGAUGGCUUCUCCUACACCACAGAUAAAAUGGCAACAGGGAAACCGCGUUCUCAAAUCUAGCGGCCGGUAAAGAUUACUACAGAGACUAGCGGGCAACUCUAUACUACAUCUCUUAUCAUAAAGAAAGUGGCACCGAAGGACGCAGGAAACCUUGUACUUACUGUGUCUAAUGACUACGGAGAGGCUAGAGCUAUGAUGUCUCUCGAGUUUUCAAGUGUCA